GCGCUGCUAAGUGCGUCAGUUUUGGAGAGACGUAGACGAGUUGUGUUCUGGUCUGCGGGGAGGUAGACGGCUUUGUCGCAGACUGCAGCCCUCUCUGGGUCUCAGCCGCCAAAGAUCCUGUCCGGUAGGUGAGUGGCUCACGCUGAGGGCAAGGCUCCUCGGAUCGAGGCUUCUUCAUGGCCGCUCAGUUCGCGAGCGGUGGGGGCUGCUCUCUUUGCGGAGGACGGCGUCUAAUGAACGCAGUUGAUCGAGGACGCACUAGGCGGAGAUCAUGAGUGGCUGUCGAGUGUUCAUUGGGAGGCUAAAUCCAGCGGCGAGGGAGAAGGACGUGGAGAGAUUCUUCAAAGGAUAUGGACGGAUCAGGGAUAUUGAUCUGAAAAGAGGGUUUGGUUUUGUGGAAUUUGAGGAUCCCAGGGAUGCGGAUGAUGCUGUGUAUGAACUCGAUGGAAAAGAACUUUGUAGUGAAAGGGUUACUAUUGAACAUGCUAGGGCUCGAUCUCGAGGAGGAAGAGGUAGAGGACGCUACUCUGAUCGUUUUAGUAGUCGCAGACCUCGAAAUGAUAGACGAAAUGCUCCACCUGUAAGAACAGAAAAUCGACUUAUAGUUGAGAAUUUAUCCUCCAGAGUCAGCUGGCAGGAUCUCAAAGAUUUCAUGAGACAAGCGGGGGAAGUAACGUUUGCGGAUGCACAUCGACCUAAAUUAAAUGAAGGGGUGGUUGAGUUUGCCUCUUAUGGUGACUUAAAGAAUGCUAUUGAAAAACUUUCUGGAAAGGAAAUAAAUGGGAGAAAAAUCAAAUUAAUCGAGGGCAGCAAAAGGCACAGUAGGUCAAGAAGCAGGUCUCGAUCACGGACCAGGAGUUCCUCUAGGUCUCGUAGCCGAUCUCGUUCCCGUAGUCGGAAGUCUUACAGCCGGUCAAGGAGCCGGAGCCGGAGCAAGUCCCGUUCUGUUAGUAGGUCUCCUGUGCCUGAGAAGAGCCAGAAACGUGGUUCUUCAAGUAGAUCUAAGUCUCCAGCAUCUGUGGAUCGCCAGAGGUCCCGGUCCAGGUCCAGAUCCAGGUCCAGAUCAGUUGACAGUGGCAAUUAAACUGUAAAUAACUUGCCCUAGGGGCCUUUUUUAAAAAAAAACAAAAACAAAUUCCCAAACCAUACUUGCUAAAACUUCUGGUAAGUAUGUGCUUUUCUGUGGGGGUGGGGUUUGGAGGGGGGGUUGGGUUGGGCUGGACAUCUUUGUAGAUGUGAACCACCAAGGGGUUGUUGAAAACUAAUUGUAUUAAAUGUCUUUUGAUAAGCCUUCCGCUCACAUUUUUGUGAAUGUCUGAAGUAUAUAGUUUGUGUACAUUGGCAGAGCUCUUUUAUAACUAAAGCAAAUUUUUUUGUACUAGAAAAAAGUUUUGAACAUUUUAGUUCUUGGUUAUUCAAAUAUGUUAAUUAAGAGUUAGUUUAAUGCUUCAAUUAAACUAAUUAAUAGCUUUGGACACCUAAAAGAGCUCUAAAUUUGCUUGUAUAUAAAGGCUUAAUUUGAGUUUUUCUUGUUAGGGUUAAGGGUGUCCUCCUACCCACCCAUUAACAGUUGCAGGACAGACACGUACAGCAGCUGUUUGUCAAUGAUAAUAAAAUACUAUAAAAUUGUU